UGACCAACCCCGCCUGCUGGAAUCUUUGGCAGAGCUCCUGAUUUCGUGCUUUGGUGAUACUCUCUGAGUUUCAAGUCUCAGCCCACUACUAGUACUUCGGAGCGAGCCUCCUACGUUCUCUCUCUCGCGCGAUUCCAAGUGCGCCCCGCGACCUAGCACAUUGCGACGUGCGCCCCCGAUUGUUUACAGCCAUAGUUCGGUCUCUUCUCACAGCUAAAGGGCCAACCCCCUUCGGAUUGCGACAAUGGCUUCGGGACAUAAUGAUCCGAAGCUGCUGUACGCCAUCAACGGCGUAUCGGCUUAUCACAUUGCCAAUGGCAAGGAGGAGUCACUCACGCCAGCCGGCCCGCAGACACUCUCUCUGCUGAUGGUCCCGACGACAUCGGCGUUCGCGGACCCGGCAAUUGAUCCCGAAAUUGCUUCCGCCGAGCAGGACUUCUACCUCCACCUCCACCUUCCGCCCGAGCUCGACCUCCCUCUCCCCGCCACAACACAGAUCUACCACCAGCCGCCGACCAGCUAUCUAAUCCCGCGAUGGGACCUCGGGCCGGACAGUGGCGCUUUUACCAGGAUCGAAUUCCCGUCGGUCGAAAGCCGGAAGGGAAUCCAGGAGGACGUAGACACCUUCGAAACGAUCCUAGCGCAGUGCACCGCGUUUCUGGAGCGCGCGCCUCCCCCCAGGAUUGGAAAGAGCGAGCAGAGUUACGGCAGGGGCGAGAAGAGCGCCGCGUCGAAGGCGGCGGAGGCAGCGGGGGAGGCGCUCCCUGCGUACAAUCCGGCCGACUAUAAGCCCGGCGAGGCCUACGUGCGGGGAAGCCAGAGUGGGGGCACGCCGGGGCAGAUUGUACUUGUUGACGAGGAAGACGGUAGCGUGAUCGGGGAGCUGACCGAAGGCUUCCAAGUUGUCGAGGACAGCAAUUUGAAGCCGGGAUCAAAAGAUCCAGUCGAGAUUACCCUACCCACCGACGGCGGCCAGAAGAUCAACGUCGCGCCCAUAUCCCCGGAGCUGUACGACGCCGAACUCCAUCCCGCGUACAAGAAGUCGUUCCUCGUGUCCAACGCGUCGGCCGCGUCGCGGUUCAUCAUCACCGGCUCCGACAUGCUCUCCAGGCUGAUGCAGAGCCAGGCGCAGAACUACACCAAGAAAACCCAGCCCGCCACGAAGCCCAUGACCUUCAAGCCGGCCACGCGCGAGCACAUCCGGCGCAUCAACAACUUCACGGGCGGCGCGGCGACGCUGUCGGCGAAGACGGUGGGGCAGAUCACCAAGGUGGCGCAGAACUUCGGCGCCUCGCUCGGCGGGCACGGCAAGAACAAGGACGGCACCGUGCGUAAGGGCUACGACAAGGACGGCAAGCCGCUGCCCACGUACAAGCCGGGCCUGCUCAACAAGAGCAUGAUGGCCUUUUCGACCGUCAUGGACGGCGUGGAGCAGGCCGGGCGGAACCUGCUGGCGUCGACGUCGGAAGCCGCCACGACGGUGGUAACGCACAAGUGGGGCUCCGAGGCGGGCGACGUGACCAGGAGCGUGACGGGCGGCGUGAAGAACGUCGGGCUGGUCUACAUCGACGUGACGGGCGUGUCGCGCCGGGCGGUGCUGAAGAGCGUGGCCAAGGGCAUGGUCGUCGGCCACACCGUGAACGGGGACGAUAUCAUUGUUGGAGGGGGUGAUGGAGGGGUUGCGGCCAUGAACCAGGGGUCGCAGAGUUUGGCUGACACGCAGUCGCUGAGCGGGAUGACGGUCGCUGAAGGGAAGCAGCCGGCGGGUUCGCUGAACGGAAAGUACAAGUGAUGAUGCGAGAAUAGGUCGUGUCUUUAUUCGCGAUUGAUGUAAUCGGAGCGGGUUUCUGAUUUCGUACGGGCUAGGUCAGGUAGUCUCUAACUCUCUUCUAUGAUUCCGAUCUUGUAACUUGUUUGGGUGCUUUUUACGGGCACCCUCCUUUUAUUCGCACUCCCCGAGGAUCCACGGGGUGACAUUGGGAAACACAAGGCGGAGUCAAUUAAGGCCUACCACGUGAUCAUACAUCCCUGCGAGAAGAAGUCGCGUUGCUGCA